GAAAAAUAAUGAAAAAUUAGCACCGGUAAAAAAAAUAAUUGAAAACCAUUAUGAUUAUUGUAUAUAAAGUCACGAAAGUUCCUUACAAAACAAGAAGACAUUUCUUCGAUCCACGUAUUGCCGUAUGCAUUUCCGUGCGUGCACAGUAGUUCACGUGUCGGCAGUUUCAGAGAAAUAUCAAUCAGUGAAGUCAGGAGCGUAGAAUCAGGGUGGCGGAGUGGUUCCACAUAAUGCUGAAACGGUGGCCUAGAGCGAAAGAGAGAGAACGAAUGUAAACCCUAUGUUAUAUCCGUAGUUGGCCUUUACGUAUUGGAUAAUGUCGUGGGUGUAGAGAGAUAGCAUUUUCAGAGGCGCGAUUCUCGAUGGCAAUGGUUAAGGCCGCGUGUGCGCGCGCGAGUAUUCACUUCGCCAGGAGGAUUAUACGAGGGACGUAGAAUGCAGGAAGACGUGCGCAUGCGCGUAGAGGAUUCUUUUACGAGAGUUCCUGCAGAUGUAUGAGUGAGCGGGGGUGGAGUAGGGACAACGGGGGCGUAUCCUAAAGGCGGAGCCAUCGAAAAUCCAAGUUUCCGCUCUCUCUCUUUCUCGCUCUCUCUCCUUGUCCGUCUCCCUCUCUCUCGCUCGCUCCAUGCAAGCUUCACCCGUCAUCGCUCCGGGUCCCUCCACUAUCAGAUCUGUUAACAGCAGUCUCGCGGCUCCGGCACCAUCGGGAACCCACUGUAACGUCUCCGGGAACACUGCUCCACGUUCCUGACCUGCUACUACGGCGAAUCAGUGUCUCGCAUCGCGGAGGGAUCGGUACUAGCUCCUGGCUCUGGCAAUCUCAUUCAUCACGAUCGCCUCGACUGGAUCGGGGAUGCUGGUAUUGGCUGCGAGAAAAAGUAUCUGAAGUGAUCAAACGUCAAAAGUCCAAAGUAGUCCGUUUCGAGUCGGUCGAACCGGGAGGACGUUUCUAGUUUUUUGGUGUUUUGUUGUUGUUGUUGUUGUUGUUACCGUUGACAUUUUUCAUCGAUCAAAGAACAAGACUGUGAUUGACAUCGACAACAAGUGGGUGAACUUUGCCGAGUAUUACGUGGAAUAAAUUUUAAUUUUAAUAUCUUCGCUCCAUGUGGGUUACCUUAUUCGUGCUCGCCGCGAGAGGGUUGUUUACGUUCUGAAGACCCUGGGCAGGACGUUUUGUCGUCAGGGGCUGCGGGGUCUCCUGAUGCGGUGUUCAGUGGUACGUUGAAAAAAGGACGUUAGGAUUGAUCAGUCAAUCAUGAUGGAGGUUCAGCAGCAGCACUCACCGGUAGGGGUGGGUCCGCUUGAUUUCUCAAGAAGAGGGGCGGCGGAGGCUUCCGCGUUUCGCGUGGUCAAACCAAAGCAGCCACCGAGCUCGCUCGUUCAUCCGCAACCACUUCAGCAGGAGACGAACAACAAUGAGAAUCAUCAGGAGAACCCCCAGGUGCCCACGGAGGCAGAAGGGGGAUGUAACGUGCGACUGAUGUUUCCUAGACUCUGGGCACCCUUUGGCAAUGCUAACGAAGUCACGAAUUUACCACCCUUACCCAGGAGUCACUCGGUGGGUCCACCAUCCACAAGGAGUCCAACCCCAUCGCCGUCGCCAUGUCCAGACUCUCCCGCGGCGGAGCAGCAGGAUGCUGACGUCGACGUGGACGUCGAGGAGGAGGUCGACGUCGACGUCGAGGAAGUGGGCGACGAGAAUGAGCGCGAAGGCACCAACAGUUCUCCAGCAUCACCAUCUCCACCCUCGCCAUCCAUCACCAGGAACACACCCUCCCAUCCGCCGAAGAGGUCCGGCGACUCCUUCAGCGUCUCCGCCCUCCUCAGGCCCGAUCCCCCAUCCGCUCACUUACAAAAUUCCUCACCCCUCAGAGACGGCGCACCUACGUCGGUCGGCGCUCAUCCACCCCCGCCCACGUCAUCCAUACUCUAUCCACCCCUGCACCUCCAGGGUGGUUUGUUACCAGCUCAUCCUCAUCAUCCUCUCUCGUACCUGCAUCCUCACUUACUUCCUCAUCAUCUUCUACCGCCUCAUCUUCAUCCCCUGCUCCGAGGAGUUCAUCCGGCUCACCCUGGACUUCACUCGGCUCACACUGCCCAUGGACUUCAUCAUCCUCAUCCGCUUGGCGAUGUUUACAGCUGCGUCAAAUGCGACAAGAUGUUCAGCACCCCUCACGGUUUGGAGGUACAUGCCAGGAGGUCUCACAACGGCAAGAGACCGUUCGCCUGUGAACUCUGCAACAAGACCUUCGGCCACGAGAUCAGCUUGACCCAGCACAGGGCAGUGCAUUCGGCCGAGAAAGUUUUCGAAUGCAAGCAAUGUGGCAAAGCGUUCAAAAGGUCAAGCACACUGAGCACGCACCUACUUAUUCACUCGGACACGAGACCCUAUCCAUGUCAGUUUUGCGGGAAGCGUUUCCAUCAGAAGAGUGACAUGAAGAAGCACACGUACAUUCAUACAGGCGAAAAACCACACAAAUGCCAAGUCUGCGGCAAAGCCUUCUCCCAGAGCAGCAACCUCAUAACGCACUCCAGAAAGCACACGGGCUUCAAACCCUUCGCCUGCGAACUAUGCGGUCGGGCUUUCCAGCGUAAGGUCGACCUCAGGAGACACCGGGAGACCCAGCACGCCGACUUGAGCACCGGCAGCACGCAUCGUCCUCCCAUCGUCAACAUCCCGCAGAGUAACCUGACCAAUCCUGGAAACGCACCUAUCAUGCAGUAAGGACAAGGAGGGACGUCGUAGGGGUUGAUGAACUAUUCGUUCGAACUUCAUCCCCAUCUCUCGGUCUCUAUCCACGUUUAGGGCACCAAACUAAAACCAAAGACUAGCUAUACUCGAAUUUUUAUGUAAUCUAAACUUCCCCAAUGUCGUCCUAGAAGACGGAGCAUGGAAGAAUCCUCUCUAUCAGUUUAAUCGGGCACUCGAUCGACAUCAACCGGAAAUACGCAAAAUCGGCUUUUUUCCGUUCCGAACUCACUGAGCUCUCAUACUUUCUACUUUAAUAACCUACUACUACUAAUCAAUUACUACCUGUACUAUACUUCUUUAGUAUAUAAAUAGGCAUCAGCGAGCCCUAACCAAUGUCUAGCGCUCGACUCGAUCUCAAUCGUGAUAACUUCAACGAACCCAAUCCUACUCCUACUUCCCUCGCCCCUUUUUAUUCGCGUCAAUAUUAUUAAAAAUAGAUCUCUAUCGAAUAUUGAAGUUUUAGUCGGUACUUAAGGCGCGCCAAUCUCGUAUCCCGUAACAAAAUCAUCUAAACCUACGAUUAUUAUCGAUCUUGUUGAACGAUCGAGUCGAUCGUCGCAAAAUGACCGACACGCGUCGUGAUACGAGCGACGUACUGUAACUUUGCAUAUCUAACGCAGCUGUCGUCGAGGACGGGCAUCCCGCAGUUUGCGACAGUGACCAACAAUUGUAAAUAGCACCUAGCCUGUAUCUUACCUACGUACUAAGAGUAUAAAUAUAUAAAUACAAAAGUAUAAAUAUAUAUUAUAAAUAAAGAUAUAAAUAGCAGAAUCACACGAUAGUGGAAUCAGUCGGCUCCAAUCCGACUAAGGGCAGUGUGCGCACAAUCUUGCGAAAAAAAAAAUGAAAAAUAAAAGUGAGAGUUAAUAAUAUUCUUACCCGAAAAUAUUUCCCUCAAAAGAAAAAGAGAGGCGCUCCGACGAGAUUCGGCCCGUGGAAAAAAAUUCCCAUUUUUUCUCGCUAUCCAAGUUUCUAUUGUUGUACCAUUUAAUUAUUAUGUAAUUAUUGUAAUUAGACAUUAUUAAUUAUUAAUAUUCAUUAUUAAAAAUAA